AUGUCCUCUUGCAACGAUUCCAUUCCUCGGCCCUCAGUAUUUGUCCUGGCUGGGAUUCCUGGCCUGGAAUCUUUCCAUGUCUGGUUCGCUGUGCCUUUUUUCCUGGUAUUUGUCAUAACGGUCAUUUGCAAUAUCACCAUUUUAUGUAUUAUCUGGCUGGAGAAGAGUCUUCAUGAGCCCAUGUUUCUCCUCCUAGCCAUGCUAUCAGUUGUUGACCUGUGCCUGGUCAGUGUCACUGUGCCCCGUAUGCUGGGAAUCUUCUGGAUGAAUGCCAAGGAAAUCAGCUUCGAUGCCUGCCUCACGCAGAUGUUUUUCAUCCCUUCCUUUUAUGUCAUGGAGUCUGGGAUUCUCCUGGCCAUGGCUUUUGACAGAUACGUAGCUAUCUGGUACCCCCUGAGAUAUAUAACCAUCCUUUCUAACAGCAUGCUUGUAAAGAUGGCACUGGCUAUCCUGGCAAGGACAGUGGCAGUGCUGACCCCAGCACCCAUCCUGGCACAAAGACUGGAAAGCUUCCAAACCCACAUAAUUGCCUACUCUUACUGUGCGUACAUGGCUGUGGUACUGACAGCCUGUGGAGACAUUUCUGACCACAUUGUCUACGGAGUAAUGGUUAUUGUAGCAUCUGUGGGCUUUGAUUUGCUUUUUAUCAUUCUGUCAUAUGGACUUAUCCUUCAUGCUGUCUUUCGAAUACCAUCUUGGGAUGCACGGGGCAAAGCACUCAGCACGUGUGGCUCUCAUCUUUGUGUCAUUGGUCUCUUUUAUUCUCCUGUUGUCUUUUCUGUUCUGGCCCAGAUUUCAGGCUACCAUAUGGCUCCCCAUCUGCAAAUCAUCAUCGACAAUCUCUACUUCCUGGUGCCUCCCAUGGUCAACCCGUUGAUUUAUGGGGCCCGGACCAAGCAAAUGAGAGAGUGGGUGCUGCGGAUUUUCCACUGCCGUGGAGGCUAA